AUGGCCUCCGAGGCGCCUUCGCCGCCGCCCGCCUCCCCCGAGCCGGAGCUGGCGCAGCUAAGGAGGAAGGUGGAGAAGUUGGAGCGCGAGCUGCGGAGCUGCAGGAGGCAGGUGCGGGAGGUCGAGAAGCUGCUGCACCACACGGAGCGGCUGUACCGGAACGCCGAGAGCAAUAACCAGGAACUCCGCACGCAGGUAGAAGAACUUAGUAAGAUACUCCAUUGUGGGAAAAAUGAAGAUAAUCAAAAGUCUGAUGUAGAAGUACAGACAGAGAACCAUGCUCCUUGGUCAAUUUCAGAUUAUUACUAUCAGAUGUAUUAUAAUGAUGACAGUCUUCCCAGUAAAGAGACGGAACUGUCUGCACAACAGAGUCAAUAUGUUCAAGCUUCUACUCUUAAUUCUAAAGACGAGUCACAAAUGGACACUGAUAGUUAUGCUGGUACUGAUGCAACAGACUGUGUUAGCCAUAGACAGGAGGAUCACGUCACCUCGGAUUCACAGGAGAGUGCCUCUGCAUUAGCAGAAGGCUCAGCGCUGGAAGGGUCCUCACUCGCCGAGAGCCUGAGAGCUGCAGCGGAAGCUGCUGUGUCGCAGACUGGCUUUACCUACGACGAGAACACGGGCUUGUAUUAUGACCACAGCACUGGUUUCUAUUAUGAUUCUGAGAACCAACUGUAUUAUGACCCUUCCACCGGGAUUUAUUACUACUGCGAUGUGGACAGCGGUCGGUACCAGUUUCACUCGCGAGUAGAUUUGCAGCCUUACCAGACCUCGAGCACAAAACCCAACAGACAGCGAGGACUGAAGAAGAGAAGAAAGGAGCCAGGUGUUUGUGUAGCAAAUGAAGAAAGGGAUUUGAGUUCAGAAGAUCAGAAAGGCUACAGUGUAGAACAUAUAAACUGCAGUGAGGAUGAACAUUCUGGAAAUGUGAAAAAGAAGGCCAGAAUAGACACUUCUCACAAAAGUAGUCCCUUACAGCUCACUGUGGCAGUUAGUGGAGACACUGUGGAGUCUCCUGGAGAUGACAACUCAGCUUCAUCUAAGGAUGACAGAGUCAGAGAGAGUGAGAGCGAGCCAGAAGAAGGUGAGAUCACAGACUCUCAGAGUGAGAAGAGUUCUGAUGGAGACAGUAGCAGUGGGGACAGGGAGUCCUCAGAAGAAUCCGACGAUGAAGAUGAGGACAAAAUUUGGCCCCCUUGUAUUCGGGUGAUUGUCAUUAGAUCUCCAGUGCUGCAGAUGGGCUCGCUGUUCAUCAUCACAGCUGUGAGCCCAGCCACCAUUGGGAGAGAAAAGGACAUGGAGCACGCGGUGCGGAUCCCUGAAGCCGCUGUCAGUAAGUUCCAUGCAGAAGUUUAUUUCGACCAUGACUUGCAAAGCUAUGUUCUUGUGGAUCAGGGCAGCCAGAAUGGUACCAUUGUCAACGGGAAACAGAUUCUUCAGCCAAAAACUAAAUGCGAUCCUUACGUCCUUGAGCACGGCGACGAAGUGAAGAUCGGGGAGACUGUGCUGUCCUUCCACAUUCACCCCGGCAGCGAGACGUGCGACGGCUGUGAGCCGGGCCAGGUCCGAGCUCACCUCCGCCUCGACAGGAGAGAGGAGCCUCUAGUUGGUCCAGCAUUAAGUAAGGAGGAAAAAGAGUUAGAAAGAAGAAAAGCACUAAAGAAAAUACGAGUGAAGUAUGGCUUGCAGAAUACAGACUAUGAAGAUGAAAAAGCAUUGAAGAAUCCUAAAUAUAAAGACAGAGCUGGAAAACGCAGGGAGCAGGUUGGAAGCGAAGGGACUUUCCAGAGAGAUGAUGGUGCCCCUGCAUCUGUUCACUCUGAAAUUACAGAUAGCAACAAAGGCCGAAAGAUGUUGGAGAAGAUGGGUUGGAAAAGGGGAGAAGGCCUGGGAAAGGACGGUGGAGGGAUGAAAACGCCGAUCCAGCUUCAGCUUCGACGGACACAUGCAGGCUUGGGGACAGGGAAGCCGUCCUCAAUUGAUGAUGUUCACUUUCUCCAGAGUAAGAGCAAAAAAAACUGGGACAAAGCACGGGAGCGGUUUGCGGAAAACUUCACAGAAAAUAAACCUCGGAAAGAAGCCCCAGGGACCGUGCCUUGGGUGACAGGGACUGCAGAAUAAAGGCCUAUCACGGGAGAUUGGAGCUUCAUAAGAGAAAGCGUUUGAAAACUGUAAUGUAGAAGCCUGUGUCCCUAGAAAGUCAGGAACAGGAGGGAACUCUUAAGAUGGCCCCCGAUCCACACAUGUGUGGGGACGUGUGGUUUGUAGCUUGUAGAAAGCAGUUGUUACACCGAGCAGGAACUCAAUGGGCUUGUGCAGAAAGUGAAUUCAGGGUGACAGGCACAGGAGAGCUGCCAGACCUUUGUUGUCGUAGCCUGUCACUCACCCCUGUGGAGGACAGCUAACCAUGUGAGCAAAGUGCACAUACCACUAAUGACUUCAGCACAUGUGUGUGUCCUGUUUCCAUGUCAUCAUCAUUAUGACACACAGAUAUAUCAGCUAUCAAAAGUUUAUAGAAACAAUUCUGUGUGUAUACUUGUUUACAACAGAACUUAGGUUUUUUAAAAAAGUCGAGAAACCACAGUAGUGGAGCUUAAUUUUACUAUCCUUGAAAUAACUGCAGUAAUAAUAUUGAAGAAUUGAUGGCAGGUUGACAGGUUGUAGAAAUUAGUCUCACACUGUUUUCUUCUGUGAAGAAUGUUGGUUUGUACUAUAUAGUCAGCAUUUGCCUUUGGUUUUUCCUAGCUGAUGGAGUAUUUGAUAUAGACAACUGGGUGCAGUAUUGGCAUAUUCAGUGUGCUAGCAUUUUUAGUUUUGAUAAAUACCAUUGCGGGCAAUGGGACUGUGCUCGAGAAAUCUGGUGACUGGGGCAGAUGGGUUACUAAGCCAAGGCUUCAAACAUUUACUGGAAAUGUCUUCAAAUGCAAUAAAAAAACGUUUUUAAAGACUUGAUUUCUUGAAUAAAUGAUAUAAACGUA